AUGGCGUCCAAGCAACCAAUCGGCUACAAGUGUCGCAUAGCAGGCGUGCUGCUCCUGCUGUUGGCCAGCAUCGCCGCCCUCGUUGCUGUUGCUGUCAUCCAGGACACCUGGGCGUUUAAAGAGUACGGCCUAGAGUACGGGAUAGUGAUAGAUUCGGGUUCAUCUCGGUCCAAUGUGUACCUCUACGAGUGGCCCGGGGAGAAGCAGAAUGAAACAGGAGUAGUAACGGAGAUACUGAACUGCAGAGUUGAUGGUGACGGCAUCUCCGAGAUGGGAGUUGAUCCUCAGAAAGAUGAAAAGUCAUGGACAGCAUUCCGAAAGUGCAUGGCCCAAAUCACCGCGGCCAUUCCCGCUGAAAAACACAAAACCACCCCCCUGUUUCUCGGAGCCACAGCCGGGAUGAGACUGCUGCAUCAGCUGGAUGAGCAGAGAUCCAAUGACAUCCUGGCAAGUCUCGGAACAUACCUGAGCUCCCUGCCCUUCGACUUCCACAACGCCUCCAUCAUCGCAGGUCAAGAGGAAGGUCUAUAUGGGUGGAUCACCGUCAACUACCUCAUGGGAAACUUCCUGGAGAAAAACCUGUGGAACACCUACGUGCAACCAGAGGGGGCAAAGACAGUCGGAUCCAUGGACCUCGGUGGAGCAUCGACCCAAAUUGCCUUCUCAGUCCAGGAAGAUUUCCAAGGGCUCGACUAUAUGCCCAUCAAACUGUACGGAUACAAUUACAAUGUCUACACUCAUAGUUUCCUCUGCUACGGCAAGAAUGAGGCUGAGAAGAGAGUUCUUGACAAAAUAGUACAGGAAUCAAUUGACCCAGCAUACAUCCUGAACCCCUGCUACCCUGAAGGUUUCAACACCACCAUUAAGGCCUCAUCCAUCUAUGACACAGAGUGCAUCAAGAAGCCAGCGAACUACAACCCAGACCAGGAUCUCUUCAUGGUGGGAGCCCCUGACUCAGACAAGUGCAGGAGCCUGGUGAAGUCAAUAUUUGAUUUCAAAACCUGUUCCUCAGCCCACUGUUCCUUCAACGGGGUUGAGCAGCCGCCAGUCACUGGAGAGUUCAUGGCGUACGCUGGAUUCUUCUACGUUAAGCGGGCUCUGCACCAGAAUGGUUCUGUAGAUUUUGAUCAGUUCAAGUCGUUGGUCAGGGAAUUCUGCCACACGAAUUGGACAGAGUUGAAAAAAGAAAAGAACUGGAUCUCUGACAGAUACUUGAAGACUUACUGCCAAGGAGCUCACUACAUCUUCACUCUGCUGGCAGACGGUUACAAGUUUGACAAUGAGACGUGGGAAGGAAUCAGUUUUCAAAGACAGGUGAAGGACACCAGCGUGGGUUGGAGUUUGGGCUACAUGCUGAGUAUGUCCAACAUGAUCCCAUCUGAAGUGAAACACAUCACACCUCUCACCAACCCUGUCUUUGCCGGCCUCAUCUUUUUAUUUUCAGCUCUGACCAUCGUGACGGUUGUCAUAGCUUUCAUCUUCCUCAUUCGCACUUGCUACUGAGAGCGAAAGUUACAAAGAAAAUGAUCUGCCAUUCAAAGCCUGGGGAUUGCUGAAAUCCCGUAGGGAACAGGAGAGUGUUACAGCUACUUACAGUUUUUCACAAUUGUUAACACACGUUUUUCAAAACAAUAACGGCUUUCUCAAAACUGCACACAGAAAACUGAAAACCUCACACACAAAAUGCUAAACCUGACCCUCCCUUUGCAAGAUGACUCAUUGCCAUCCAAAUGGAACUCGUGUUUUCAUUUGGUACACACAGCCAUGUUUUCAAAUGACACACACAUACCAUUUAUUGAGAACACACAACUAAGCAUUUGCUUACACACUUCCAAGCAUUUACAGCACACUGAAGUGCAAAAUUGAAAACACAAUCAUCGAAAUGGAACACACCAUAUGAAUGACUGACUCUGGAGAAUUAGCCAUUUCUCCUUUUGUAAACUGUCUCAGUGUAGGCCUAUUUUUUUUAUAGUCAAACAUAAAACAGCACACAAAAAGGUUUAUUUCAGUACACACAGAGAACAGUACAGUACUGACACAGACAGCAUGAGAAUGCAAGUUACAGUAUGGACACAGAGAGGUCAACACAGUGGGCUACAGUGAGACACUGUAGAAAAGGAACAAUAUUGGAUUACAGGUACAAUACAUGCACGUGUCACUGCUGAAUGUUUGGUACUAACAAGCACAAACUCUCGCCGUAACUCCUUGAUGCGUCUGUGGUCCGUUCGAAUGGAACCCUGUUCACUUGCUUCAUCCGCAUGGCAUUCCUGUGAAGAAUACGGUCUAAUGUAGAGAGGAUGGCGGUCUGGACGUUUCUAAAUGUAGCAUGGUCAGCCAGGAUCCUAGUUUUUAUUUGUCUGAGUGUGAUAGCGUUGUUCUCAUGAACCAUAUCUACAAUUUCAGUCUCCUGUUCGGCUGUGAACAUGCAUGUUCUUCCUCCACGGUGUGGUUCUCUUUCAGUCCUGCAAAAUAUAAAUACUGUGAGCACACUGUAUUCUAUUCUAUUAUAUUGUUCAUCAAACAAAACAGAGGCUGAAGGCACUUUUAUGCUGCAAUCCUGAUUGCAAAUUGCUCAACAGACCUGAAUGUUUAGAGAUUUGAGUAUUUGUGUGUUGUAGGUUGAUGCUUUGAUAUUUUAGGGUGAGAAGUGUGUGCAACAACUGAACAUCUUGUGUAGUGUUUUGACAACAAGGUGAUGUGUAAUUGAAAUCAGAGUGUAAAGAAGGAAAGUCAGAGUCUAAUGAGAUAAGGGAGUGUGAAGUAGUGCCAAAUUGGGUCAAGCUAUUGGUACAUGAAGUGAAUGUUGUGCAAAUUGUGCCGAAUU